UUGUGUGGCGUUUUCCGGUUUGUUCACGUUUAUACCCAGAUAUGUUCUAGAGCGUGAUCUGCACCUCUUUGUCUUCAUUAGCCAUUUAGCUGAACUUCCAACCGCUGCUGCUUGCAAGUGGUGAGUUUAUCUAAUUGUGCGUGCGUGAGAGAGACAGAGAGUGGAGGUGAGACUCUGUGUGAGGAUGAGUUUAGCAAACAGCAGAGAGCAGAGGAGCACGGCGGGGAACCGUCUGACCAAACUCCUGGAGGCAGAGGAAGAGGACGAGUUUUACAAAACCACAUAUGGAGGAUUUAAUGAUGAGUCUGGUGAUGAUGAAUACCAUGGUGAUCACUCCGACACUGAGGAUGAGGUGGACAGCGACUUCGAUCUGGAUGAGGGAGACGAACCAGACAGUGAACAGGAAGAGGAGACGCCACGCAGACGCAGCCGCAUCCUCACUAAAGCAUACAGAGAGCCCAUAAAGGUAAUGAAGCCCAGAGUCAAACAACCCUCUGAGGAGUUAAAGCCUGAAAAACCGAAAGCAGAAAAACGUUCAACUCACGAGCUGCAGGAGCUUGGAGAAAUGCGUAAGUCAGUGAGGAAGUCAACUAGUGAACACACUCGGAAGACAUUUGAGCGUCUGCAGGAGCGACAGCAGGAGGCGCCGAGACGCCGCAAAGUUCACAGAGACAAACCACUGAGUCAGGAGGAGUUACUGCGAGAAGCUGAACACACUGCACAGAGCAACCUGGAGUCACUGGAGAAUUAUGAGCGCCUUGAGGCUGAUAAGAAGAAGCACGUGCAGAAGAAGAGAAGGUUUGAAGGCCCAACAAUCCGUUAUCACUCAGUACUAAUGAUGUCUGAGCCGCCACUCAAAGAUGAGAACGUGGAUGUGGAAGGGCUGGAUCAGGACACGCCCCUCUCAGCAUCGGUGACCUGUAUGUCAGGGGCGGGGACGCUCUGCUCGCGAACUUUCAUCACGUUCAGUGACGAGGAAGCGUUCGAAUCAGCUUUCCCUCAAUGGGCUCGUGUCAGCCCUGACCUGCCUGUCCAGGAAGUGUGUCCUGUUACCCACAAUCCCGCUCUUUACCGAGACCCGGUUACUGACAUCCCGUACGCUGACGCACGAGCUUUCCGCAUCAUUCGCGAAGCUUACCGUAAAUACGUAGCUGUACACGGCUUCCCUAAUGAGGCGACUCACACACCUUCACACACACACUCUGAGUCCACAGGGGGAACCAAAAGCCUUCGUUUGAAGGGACUUACGGUGUAAACACACACACACACACACACACACACACACACACACACACACAGUUUUUCAAACAGAUUAAAGAUGGUCAUAGACACACCCUCACAAUGGUCAAGUUUCAAUUUUUGGCCAUCAUGUUUCUCAGCAGCUGCUUGAUCUUUUUACAAAUGUCUUUGUGCCUUUUUAUUGUUUUAUUUGGUAAAUUAUUGGAUUUAUUAAUUUCUAACAUUUGGUAAUGAGGUUCACCACUCUGAGAGAUUUUUAUUUUUGUGCCUUUCCCAUUAUUCUUGAGUUUCUCCAGGGAAUUAUUUGAGUUCUUUGUUCAUUUCUUAUUAGAGCUAGUGUUUCUCCAGAUUAUGGCUCUAUUAAAGUUGUUCAUGGUAAGCUCCUUUAA